AUGAGCAUCCAAGAAAGACAGCCUCUUUUAAGCUCAUCAAUUCCCAACAUUUUACCUCACACCUCUCAACAAGAAUCACUCAGCAUCUCAUCUGAUGAGUUCCACGCACCAUACCCCGACAUCCUACCAGGAACGCCCCACAGGAAGAGCAUCCACUGGUCAAGCGCAUACAUACUAGUCGUUUCACGCGUGAUAGGGAGCGGGAUCUUUGCAACGCCAGGAUCAAUCGUCAAAUCCGCCGGAAGCAUCGGAUUGACCCUGCUAGUAUGGCUGGUUGGGACGAUAUUAUCAGCUUGCGGUCUAGCCGUCUCGAUGGAAUUCGGAUGCAUGCUACCUCGCUCAGGGGGAGAGAAGGUGUACCUCGAGUAUGCCUAUCCCCGACCGCGAUUUCUCGCAUCGAGCUUGAUAACAGCCCAAGUAGUGCUCCUGGGGUUCACGGCGAGCAACUGCAUUAUUUUUUCCAAAUACACAUUUUUCGCGCUCAGCGUUGAGCCCACUGAAUUUCAGCACAAGAUGCUCGCUGUUGGCCUCUUGACGGCGAUCACUAUCAUCCAUGGCUGUUUCUUGAAGACUGGCAUCUUUGUCCAGAAUGUUCUUGGCUGGGUGAAGAUCUUCCUCAUUGGCGCGAUAUCCUUGACAGGAAUCUGGGUUGUUUUCCUCCAGUUCCAUGGAGAUACUGAUCAUAUGUUUCCAGUGUCAGCAGCCGGCAUUUCAUUUUCUUGGGAUUCGAUAUGGGAAGGGUCAAACUGGAGCUGGAGUCCGCUUUCGUCGGCUUUGUUCAAAGUCUAUUAUUCCUAUGCUGGGUUGAGCAAUGUGAACAAUGUUCUCAGUGAGGUCCAUGAUCCUGUGGGAAUAGUGAAGACCGUUUGUCCCACUGCACUGGUCACAGCCGGUGCUCUAUACUUUCUUGCUAAUCUUUCAUACUUCCUGGUCAUUCCGCUCGAGGAGAUCAAAAAUAAUGGGGAAUUAGUGGGUGCACUGCUAUUCCAGAGAUUAUUUGGAGAUCAUGUCGGAAAAAUAUUCUUUCCACUUGCUAUUGCCAUCUCAGCUGCCGGAAAUGUGAUGGUCGUGACCUUUGCCUUGGCACGUGUGAAUCAGGAGAUAGCUCGACAAGGCUUUCUUCCAUGGCAGAAUAUCCUCUCCUCCUCGCGACCAUUUGGUACUCCACUGGGUGGACUUAUUGUACACUAUAUCCCUUCCGUGUUGGUUCUCGCCCUACCACCACAGGGGGACGUUUAUAACUUUAUUCUGGACUUGGAGGGAUACCCUGGGCAGAUGUUUUCCUUAGCAAUCACAAUCGGUCUGCUGGUAGUACGAUACCGGGAGCCUCAUCUUCCACGACCAUUCAAAGCAUGGUUGCCAGCUGUGUGGUUACGGGUGGUAAUGUGCUUAGUCCUAUUAAUAGCACCCUUUAUUCCGCCGCCGAAUUGGAAAGGGGAUGUUGAUUUCUUCUAUGCCACCUAUGCACUUGUCGGUAUUGGAAUUGUGCUCUUUGGGGUUCUCUACUGGUAUGUCUGGACAGUAUUACUCCCACGAUGGGGAGGCUAUCAACUCGAGGAAGAGAAAGAGAUUCUGGCCGAUGGGACUAGUAUCAUCAAGCUAGUUCAUUUAUAUGAUAGUUGA